CUGCAAGAUCCCCAGUCACCUUACCUCACUCCUCCACCAGCAGCCACCAUUCGCCCCUCUCUCGCCACAGCGGUUCUCCCGUCCAGGCCCCGCUCCCACCAGGCGCCAGGCAUGGCGCCCCAGGGGCGGGAGCACCUGGCUGCUCGGGAGCAUCAGCAGGCUGGGCGUAGGCGUAGCCCUAACAUGCGCCACACGUUAAGCCCGGAGAACCUGCGGAGUCUGUCCGAGCGAGGAGGGUCGGACCUGGUCGGUACCAGCUCUUCCCCGGGACUGCCCAGGGCCACGAGCGACACGGACCUGGUCAGCUCCCAAAGUCGCUCCUCCCUCACAGCCUCUACGUUGGAGUUCACCCUCGGCCGCGGGCAAAACCUGGUCAUCUCUUGGGACAUUAAGGAGGAGGUGGAUGCCGCCGACUGGAUCGGCCUCUACCAUAUAGAUGAGACCUGUCCAUCAAACAUGUGGGACUGCAAGAAUCGUGGAGUGAAUGGAACACAAUGUGGUCAAAUCGUCUGGAGGUUGGAGCCAGGGCCCUACUUUCUGGAAGCGGAGACCAGGAUCUGCUUCAAAUACUAUCAUGGAGUGAGUGGAGCCUUGAGGGCAACAACACCCUGUAUUACAGUCAAGAACCCUAGAGCUUCGGCUGACAGCCAAGGUGAAGGACAACUGGCUUCAGACAACAGCCGAAAAUUGCUCAGCUUCACCCUAUCAGAUAUCCGGGCUGUGGGCUUGAAGAAGGGAAUGUUCUUUAACCCUGACCCUUACCUGAAGAUGAGUAUUCAACCGGGCAAAAGAAAUGGCUUGCCCACCUUCUCCCACCAUGGCCAAGAAAGAAGAUCUGGCAUUACAACCAACACAACAAACCCUGUGUGGCACGGAGAGAGACACACUUUUGUGGCACUGAUGACUGACGUCCUAGUGAUUGAGGUCAAGGAUAAGUUUGCUAAAAGCCGACCAAUCAUCAAGCGCUUCCUGGGUCAGCUGAACGUCCCAAUCCAGAGGCUGCUGGAACGGCAAGCAUCAGGGAACCAGUCACUGACCUUCUCUCUGUGUCGUCGGUUGCCUACUGACCAUGUAAGCGGUCAACUACAGUUUAAGGUGGACGUUACCUCUACUUACCAAGAUGAUGUCUCCCCGGAGUCAAUCCUUGGUGCAACAGCCCUAAAUGGACCUCCUGGUACCCCUUCAGAUGACGAGGAUUUGCCCCAUCCUCUUCCGGUCACCUCCGGGGGUCCAUCUCCAACUGGGUCUCAAAGUUCCCGCAGAAACGGGGAGGGGGGUAGCAUCCCGUCGCCUGAUACCGAGACUUGCUGCCCAACUUUGGAUGAUGAAGGUCCUCCUUCCCCUGACCUGCUUCAGAGUACCUUCAGCGAGCAGCUUGAUGCAAUUGAGGCUCCGAAAGAUCCAGGAGAGCGGCCGUUAGGUGCAGCUUCUCCCAAGCUUCGCUCCAGCUUUCCUACCCACACCCGCCUCAGCGCCAUGCUCCACAUUGACUCGGACGAAGACGAGGAAAGGUCAGCCGGAACCGAUCCCCCACCAUCCUCUCUGAACGGAGUCCCGAGAGUCACCAGGGAUCUGCUUGUGCUUCCCAAACCCCUUGAUGAACCCAAGGAACCUGAACCAGAGGCACAGGGAGAAGAACCACCAGGGGAAGAGGAAGAGGAGGUCGGGGUGGAGUCAGAGGUGGAGACUCUGAGCUUAGGAACUGAAGUGAUUCUGGAGCUGGAGGUUGUUCCCAGUUCUGUGGCCCCAGAAGUGGAGACAGCAAGUCUGUUGGAGAGGCAGGAUGAAGGGGAGGAGGAGGGUCUGGGACCCAGUGAGGAGUUGGCGACUGAGAUAGACAUCUCGUCUAUGGCAUCUGACAGUGGCAUGGUCCCUCCUGCCUCACAGGAAGCACAACAGGGGGCAGAGACAGCUAUAGAUCCAGGGGGAGGAGACUUUUCAGUUGACCCACGCACAACCUGUGAUGCUGCUGACAACGGAGGGGAACCUCCUCCAACUGAUGAUCUUGAACUGGACAUACCACCGCCUGAACUAUUAAUCAAUGAGGAAGAUGAAGAUGAGGUGGAGGAGGACACAAUGUCCAGGAGGUGGAGCCUGGAAGCGACAGCAGGCGUGUCACAGGAGGAAGAGGAGGAGGAGGAGCUGCAUUCAGGAGAGGGCGGGUCUGUGGAUUCAGAGACUUUUGUUACAGAGACAGACACAGAAACAGGUCACCUCCAGGUAAAUGGACAUCAGCAGGUUCGCUCACUUCCCUCCGUAAGACAAGAUAUCCAUCGAUACCAGCGUGUGGAUGAGCCCUUACCUCCCAACUGGGAGGCUCGUAUUGACAGUCAUGGACGUAUCUUCUUUGUGGACCACGUGAACCGGACCACUACAUGGCAGAGGCCCACAGGACCUCCCGCUCCGCAGGGUCUGACCCGCUCCAGCUCCAUCCAGCAGAUGGAACAGCUGAACCGCAGGUAUCAGAGCAUCCGCAGAACGAUGACCAGUGAGAGGUCCGAGGAGCAGGCCAUAGACCUUCAACCUCUUGAGGACAUGGACCUGCUGCCCCACUCCAUCUCUGAGUAUCGUAGGGACAGUUCAGUGGCCCACACCAACUCUCGCUCACGUCUGGCCCUGCUGCUUCAGUCUCCUGGCGCCAAGUUUCUCUCCAGUCCAGACUUCUUCACUGUGCUGCAUUCCAACCCUAGUGCCUAUCGCUUGUUUACAAGUAACACGUGUCUGAAGCACAUGAUUAGUAAGGUUCGGCGUGAUGCGCAGCACUUUGAGCGCUACCAGCAUAAUCGAGACCUAGUCACAUUCCUGAACCUUUUCGCCAACAAGCAGCUGGAGCUACCACGAGGAUGGGAGAUGAAGCACGACCACACUGGCAAGCCAUUCUUUGUGGACCAUAACUGCCGUGCCACGACGUUCAUUGACCCACGGCUGCCCCUGCAGAGUUCCCGCUCCAGUGGCCUUUUGGCCCACCGUCAGCACCUUAGCCGCCAGAGGAGCCACAGUGCAGGAGAGGUUGUGGAAGAGUCACGUUCCCCUAGUCCCCCAAUGCAGCCGCGACCCUCCAGCACCUUCAGCGGUUCCAGCCGCAGCCAAUACCAAGAACUGGUGCCUGUGGCUUAUAAUGAGAAGAUCGUGGCAUUUCUGCGACAGCCCAACAUCUUUGAGAUCCUGCAGGAGAGGCAGCCAGAGCUUGUGAGAAACCAUUCCCUCAAAGAGAAGGUCCAGUUUAUUCGCAAUGAAGGUGCAUCUGGAUUGGCCCGACUCUCCAGUGAUGCAGAUCUAGUCAUGCUACUCAGUCUGUUCGAAGAGGAAGUGAUGUCAUACGUGCCGCCCCAUGCCUUAUUGCACACCAGCUACUGUCAUGCCUCCCCACAAAGCUCCCCUGGCACUUCUCGUGCAAACGCUCGUGCCCCUGCCCCAUAUAAACGUGACUUUGAGGCAAAGCUAAGAAACUUCUAUCGCAAGCUAGAGACGAAAGGCUAUGGACAGGGUCCAGGAAAAGUGAAACUGAUCAUUCGCAGAGAUCACCUGCUGGAAGAUGCCUUCAACCAGAUCAUGUGCUACUCCCGUAAGGACCUGCAGAGGAGCAAGCUUUAUGUCAGCUUUGUUGGAGAGGAGGGGUUGGACUACAGCGGCCCAUCAAGGGAGUUCUUUUUCUUGGUGUCCCGAGAGCUCUUCAACCCAUAUUAUGGACUCUUCGAGUACUCAGCUAACGACACCUACACUGUGCAGAUCAGCCCAAUGUCAGCCUUUGUGGACAACCAUCACGAGUGGUUUCGGUUCAGCGGGCGUAUUUUGGGCCUUGCUCUGAUUCACCAGUAUCUUCUAGAUGCCUUUUUCACUCGACCGUUCUAUAAAGGCCUGCUACGCAUCCCAUGUGAUUUGAGUGACUUGGAAUUCUUGGAUGAGGAGUUCCACCAGAGCCUACAGUGGAUGAAAGACAAUGACAUUGAAGACAUGCUGGAUCUCACCUUCACUGUCAACGAAGAGGUGUUUGGUCAGAUUACAGAACGUGAACUGAAGCCUGGUGGAGCUGGCGUCCCAGUAUCUGAGAAGAAUAAGAAGGAGUACAUUGAGCGCAUGGUGAAGUGGCGUAUCGAGAGAGGAGUAGCCCAGCAGACUGAGAGCCUGGUGCGAGGCUUCUAUGAGGUUGUGGAUGUGCGGCUGGUGUCAGUGUUUGAUGCCCGGGAGCUGGAGCUUGUCAUAGCUGGAACUGCAGAAAUCGAUCUGGCAGACUGGAGAAACAACACAGAGUAUCGAGGAGGUUAUCAUGACAAUCAUAUUGUCAUUCGAUGGUUUUGGGCCGCGGUGGAACAUUUUAACAACGAACAGAGACUGAGGCUCCUUCAGUUUGUUACAGGCACCUCGAGUAUUCCCUAUGAAGGCUUUGCCUCUCUCAGGGGGAGCAAUGGCCCACGUCGGUUCUGCGUCGAGAAGUGGGGCAAAGUCACUUCCCUUCCAAGGGCUCACACCUGUUUUAACCGUUUGGAUCUCCCUCCGUACCACUCCUUCUCCAUGCUUUAUGAGAAGAUGGUCACCGCCGUGGAGGAAACUAGCACCUUUGGCCUGGAGUGAUGCUUACUCACUAGAACUCUCCUUCACUUCCCACCACAGCCAGGACCUCCACAAAGUCUUUUUAGCCCAUUCUGUAUCCUCAACCCCCAUCACCACUCUUAAUAUGGCCUUGGUUCCUGGAGCCUUUUCUUCUUUCCUCUGAAACUAGGACUAUGUUGAUUUUACUGAAGCUGUUCUUGAUAGCUCCUAGAGGACUCAAGGCCGAGCCCUGUUCUUCGGUCUAUAGACACACACACACAAACACACUGAAUGCAUUAGAUGUAUGAGCAGGAACGUUCUUUUCCUCUCAUAUUCACACAGACAAACCAUAGAUACACUGAGUACCCCUUCUAUAUAAACACAUACACAGUGUUCUUCACCCAACCUUAUCCAUGCUCCACCCACUAACGCUGCAGGUAUUUCAUAGCAACUACUGCAAGUUUGGACAAGUUUACAGAUUAUUAGCCAAAAUCCCAUUCAAUCUAAUGAGAAAUUGUAGCAUACAACAUAUUAUUGAUUUUUGCCAAAAAGAUUGAAAUUAUUCAGACCACUAAAAAGUUUGUUUAAAGUCCGUGUAAAGUCAAUUCAGAGAUUUGUUUCUAAACACUUUAUAUGUGUUAGAAAAUAAUAAAGAACGUGAACUGUGUAGUACUGAAUUGUGUUGUUAGACUGUUAAGCUGUGGGUCUGAAAUCAUGGCUCGAUGAUGUUGCAGACUGAGAAGAACAAGGUUGAUUAUCGGGUAGGUCAGUGUCCUCUGGCUCCGAAUUGGAUUCUGGGUCUGCUGGCUCAAACCUGUAUGGCUGUACAGUCCAGCUGCUAGACAGAGCGAAUUCCGUGUUUGUGUCAGCUAAAGCGCAGCUAGCCGCUUCAUUUCAAUCCAAGGUUGCUGCUCAACCUAGUGAGAUAUUGAAUAUGCUAACAUCAGUAUGAAGCUGAAGUUGUCUUCCUGCU